AUGAGCCAACAAUCACCUCACUGGAUCGUUCAAGUCAGCAGGGAGUCAUACGUCUGGAAGGCAACCCUCCAGUUGUUCGCCUACCUGCGCGACUUGUUCCGUCCAACAACUGUUCAUUUCGACCCAGGAGACCUUCGAUACGUCCUCAAAAAUGUCAAAGGAGUGGGGAUAGAUGCCACCGGUGGACUUGCUCCAAAAUUUCUACUGCGUCUAUGUGUGCACAUGGAUCACAUGGGAUCACAUUUGUUUGAUGAAUUGCAGAUUCUUGGAGGUCGGCAGCCAAAAAAGGAGCAUCUUCCGUGA